AUGGUCGCGAUUCAAAAUCAAAACUACGACAACGAGGCCCCCGACAGAAAAAAUGAUUAUGAAGAAAAUCUUAUCAUUAUCUUUGCAAUUUUCGGGUUUACCUUCGUCGUGAUUGUCACGGUUUCCUUGAUUAUUAAACUUUCGCGGAAAACUCUACGAACACAAAGACUCACGGAAAACUAUGUUGAUCUCAGAACAACCCAAAAAUUACGCUUGGCCAUUUCGUGUCCAAUUUUACAAAUUCGUCCCGAGGUUCUGUCGCCUCGCGCUGCGCCAAAUCCACCAAUUCAGCAAUUUCACGUGAAAAUCACGGAAACCGAUUUGAAAGAAGUCGAGUUGUCAUUUGGCGAUCACGGUAAAGAUGAAAGUAUCGAACACUUUGAUUCAGUUGAAUCUUAUGAUACCCUUGACGAUGCGAUCAAGAUGGAUAAGGAUAGUGAUACCAUUACCGAGAAUACGGUUUACACCCAAGGCUCUGCAGAUUCGCCGACCUCAAUUUCCACAUCAACACCGAUCACUACUAUAUUUACUUCUUGGAGAAGCACAAGCUCAAUAAUAAUUCCAAAAUACCCGCAGCCUUCUUAUUCAUUAAAUUGGAAGACAAAGGUUGGAUCAUUCUGA